AUGGCGCCAAUACGACGAUAUCUACGCAUCACACGCUACUCUGUGCUCGAAGUACGCAUCUACCUCGACAACCCCGCUCUUGCCUCCUCGUGGCUGCUCAACUCGCGCGAUCCAGUGCUACCACGAGUGAUCGAAGCCGUACGACCACUGGUGCUCCCCAAAUUGCGCGAAGAAAACGAGAAUGCAAAGAAAAAGGGAGGAAAGAAGAAGAAGGGGGUCAGGGAUGUGGUUGUGCAAGUUCCUGCGAUUUUGGUCGAGGAAGAUGGCGAGGAAGAGAUGGGAGGUAUGAAUAUGGGAGAUAUACCUGAAGUUCCUGCGAGGAAUAAACGUGUCCGUGAUGAUGAUGAUGACGACGACGAUGAUGAACAUAUCUUCGUACACAGCCAAGACGACGAGGAAGAAGAAGAGGUACAACAUCCGCGCAAAAAGAGGAAAAGCAAAGUCGCGGAUGCAACAGACAAAGAAGAGGACGACAAGAAAAAGAUGGGCAUCAACACGCAAUACGAGGGCUUUAGUAUCUAUGGCCGGAUACUGUGUUUGAUCGUCAAGCGCAAGGGUGUCAAGAAAACCUCGCAAGGCACGCAAAUGUUGGAGAAUUGGGUGUCUACUCAAGCCGACAAUGAAGGAGGGAUUGAUGACGGGGAGGAUUGA